AUGGCGUCUACUGCGUCAGACUUUCAAAAGCUCAUAUCGGAUGCGAGGGAACGCAAGAAGAAUUCAGCUCUUGCCGACAGAAUCUUCAGUCGCAAUCGACGCCAAAGUGCGCCGUCAAAACUGAGGCCCACGCCUGGCGGUUCUCUGGCGAGCCGCGUCGGGGUGAAAAAGCAACGCGUCCCCGCCCCUACUGCCUCCAAUACCCGCAGGGCCAGUUUGCCCUCGGGCAACGUCAAUGGCGACUGGACACACGACCUCCACGACUCCGUCGCCGGCGCACCAGCCAGAGGCGCCUCCCUGGGCUCGCUGAGCUCCCGUAUCACCGUCCCCGGCGCAAGGAACGGCAGCACCGCGACCAAGAGAGCUGCCAAUCGCAAGGCCAAGCUCGCCGCUGCGGUCGACAAGAUGGACACGGACCAGGUCAACGUCGUCGCCCCCUCGGCCCGGGCCACGACCAGCGCCAGGGGCCUCACCAUCCGCGGGCUCGCCGGUCCCUACGCUCUCCUGGGCCAGAACUUCGCCCCCGGCACAACCGCGGCAGACAUCGAGAGUGCCAUGACGCCCGUGGGCGGCGAGAUGGCCAGCUGCAAGAUUAUCAAGACCAAGCCGUUCCUCAUUGCCGAGAUGGUGUUUGUCUCCCGAGAAGGCGGCGAGAAGGUCAUUGAGACGUUCAACAACAAAACGGUACGUGCUCGCCCUCGGCCUCCGCUCAUCACCUCCGUCCUCUGCCGGCCGUCCAAGCUGACCAGUGCCCUGCCGCAGGCCGACGGGAGAGUCAUCAAAAUCUACCCCAAAGUCGGCGGCUACCCGGCCUCCGCCGCAGACCAGACCAACGAAGCACCCGCCAACGCCCCCAGCGGACCCAGAUCGUCCUUGGCCUCGGCACGAGACCAGGUGGUAGACGGGUCCAUGGGCUUCCCCGACCUCAUGGACACAAACGGCAGCACUCCGGCGGCCGGCAACAACCACAGCAACCGACUCUACAGCGACAGGAUGGUGGGUGGCAGCAAGAGAGGCAGGGCCUUCCAACGAGGCAGAGGACGGUAG